CUGUAUGUGCUUGUAUUUGUGUUCAUUUAUUUUUUUCGCACUUUGCAUAUUUUGUUCUUGUUCGAGGGCGCGCGAAUUUUGAGUGAAUACAUACAUAUUUACACCUAACAUAUGUACAUAUAUAUAAUAUAUUGUGUUUAGCAUUUAUGUCGCGAAUUGUUUGUUUGUUAAAAUAAUUAGAAUUUUUGUGUUUAUGUGCAAAUUUUUAAGAAUUCACUAACAAAACGCUUGGCGCACUGAACGCUGGUUAGCUAAUUGAAUUGCGUAUGCGAGUGAAUGCAAUAAAAUAAAAAUUAUAAAGAAACAAGACGAAGCUAUUGAUAAUUCCUAAAGUUUUAACAGAUAUCUUGGAUAAAUAAUAAUUAACAUAAAAAAAUGAUAAAAAAAAUAUUUACGGUCACAAAAAGCAUAAAUUGAGUUCAUACGGCCUUUUUUAUUGGAAUAAAACUUUUGAAGCUUGGAAAAGGAGUGACGAAUAUAAAAACAUCUUAAAAUAUUAAUUUUUCCCCCCAAAUUAGUAUUAAGUUCAUUUGGCUGCCAUCAAAAAUUGCUACACAUCAAAAAAUAUAUUAUAUUUUUUUUCACGUAAAAGCAAAACAUUUGCAUAAAAAUGCUUUACCGUGCGUUACAAUGCUGACAAAGCCUAAAAAGUAAAAGCAACAACAACCAAAACAACUACAAGUGACUAACAUACAAUAAAAAUAAGCAAAAAUAAACCAACAAAUAAAUGGCGUUAACAAAUUUCUCAUUGCCCUUUGGCGCUUUGACGCAACCAGUGCCCACGUGGAGUGCCACCCUACCGCCGCUGCAUCCCGCCCAUCAAUUGGCGGCGAACACAAAUAAUUUACUCUACUCGCCGGCCGAUCAUCAACAGCAGCAGGGCGAUGAUGCGCCGCCGUCGCCUGAGUCAGAUUUCUACAAAAACAAUCCGUAUGCGCCGCCGCAAUUGCAUCAACAACACCAACCGAUACGUCAGUCAUAUCAAUAUAAUAACAACAAUAACAACAACAACAAUAACAAUAAUAAUAAUAAUAAUAGCAAUAAUAAUCGGCUGAAAGGUGGCAACACCUACUUGCCGCCCAUACCGCCGCCUGGUGCGCGCAAUACACAAUUUAAUAACCAAAAACAGCAGCAACAACAACAGCAGCAGCAAGCACAAAAACAGCAACAGCAUUUUAGUCAUUUCAGCAUAAAUCAACAACAGCAACAGCAGCAGCAACAUCAACAGCAUCAUCAACUACAACAACAACAACAAAUCAAUGGCAAUAAUUUCGCUUUCAAGGCAGCCACUUCCGCCUCGACCGUUGCCUCAGCCGCCUCUGCGGCCUCCUCUUCAUCAACUAGAACCUAUGGUGAGGGUUCUUAUAAUCGUUUUGGUUCUUCGGCCGGCACUGCUACGCCACCACAACAACAACAACAGCAACAAAAACAACAACAGCAUCAACAAAAACAAUAUUAUAAUUCCUAUAGUCAUAGUACUUCCUCAUUUGUUGCACAAUCCCAAUUAAAGACUCAAACACAACAACAAACAAACCAACAAAGUUACGGCGCCGCAUUGCCUACCGAAGCGCCUCAACCGGCUGCGGUGUACGGUGCAGUACCAGCGCCAGCGGUUGGCGCAGAUGAUGAUGUAAAUGGGGGAGAAGAGAAUUUGGGCGGCGCUGCUGCUGGUGCCGAUGGUGGCUCCGGCGGUAAUGAGGCAUAUCCUCAUCGGCCACCGGGUUUCACGCGUGUUCAAGCCGGUGUUGGUACACGUACCCAAGUGCAUGCUGUGUUGGAUUAUGAUGCUGAGGAGGGCGAAGAAGAAGAGUACUACGAUGAUGGUGAGAAAGAUGCCAAUAAAAAGUCUUCAAUGCCCACAGUGACGCCAAUACAAGGUCCAAUAUUCCUGAAGAAUGGAACAGCGCCAGUAGUACCGUUAUUUUCAUAUCCCACACUAAACAAUGGAUCCUUUGUGCAAAUACCGAUUUGGUGGACUGCACUGUCCGUUGCCUUGGGUUUGGACGUGCGCGGUGAUAUAAUCAAAGGUGUGCCAUGCAUCAAACGCUAUUAUCAGUUAUUCUGCCCGACAGCUGGCAACAGCUAUCCAAUUGACAAAAUCGAACGUUUCAUCGACGACAAUAAGGCGUUAAUGCGACGAAUGUAUGGUGACUUUGAAAUGAAUCUCGAGCCGGGCGGUCCACAAUCGCAGACGAAGAAACGCAAACGUCGUUUCAUUGAUGAUCCGGAUAUUUUCAUACCACCAGGCGCUUUUCCUGCACUGGUGCCCGACGAUGAGGGCAGCACAGAGCCACACGCUGAGGAGGCCGGUGAAAGUUAUUUCGGCAAAUUGCGUAAUAAACGGCAAGCAAAUCGGAAUGCAAAUAAAGCAAAUCAAAAUUCAUUCGCGAAUGCUGGACAAAAUACGGGAAGAGUGGACGCCUGCGAGUCGAAAGUGGAGAUUGUCACACCCUAUUGGGCCUCCAAUUCGGCGGGUAAAAUUCGCGCCAUUGUGAAUACACAACAUUUCGAACAGGCCAUACAUCAGGAGGUGUGCUCCAAAGCCGCGACAUCGCGCUGUGAUCGCGACUGCGGCUGUGAGCAAAAGUAUAAAUGGCAUCGCCUAUUGGCCUACGAUCCGGAUAAUGACUGUAAGGGCAUUUUCAUGGAUUGGUUUCUCUUUCCAUCGUGUUGUGUGUGCAGAUGUAAGCCAUAAGUCCAUAGGAGUUCGAUAUGAAGGCGGUGACUUACUUGUUCCCAGCAACAUUUACUAAACUUAAGUCAAAAAUCGUACUUAUGUAAUUAGGUGUACUUAAGCCCUUAAGCAGUUAACUUAAGCACUUUUAAGUCAACGUUUUGUUUUCGAUGUAUUGUAGUUAAUCAUUUUUUAAAUUUCACUCACAUUUUAAGGUUAGGUUUAUGAGUUUAAGUAACUUUUUAGUUUUAGCUGAAAAUUUGUUAAUUUUAAAAGCCACAUAAAACAACAAAAAUACUAUCUAAAGUUGAAAACUUUUUUGGAUUGUUGCGAACAUAGCACUUUUAUAGUUAGAGCUGAAUAAGUUAAGAGCAUAAUUUAAUAGUUUAUGAAACAUAAAAAAUUAGUUAUUUUAAAUUUUAU